CAGACGAGAACCAAAAAGCCAUAAAGACAGAUUGGUCAAGCGCCCAAGAAGGCCACUUUCUCUGCAUCUGCCGAAGACUUUCUUCGAUCGAGAGAAGAAGCUCCUUUGAGUUGCUGCACAUCUUCUGGCUCAUCUCCAACACAUGACCAGUGCUUUUCAGGAUCUUUCUUCAAGACCCAUUUUAAGAUAGACUGAACUGAGCCGCUACGCAUGGAAAAGUUUUCAGCUUUUUCAGAGGGACGACUUGGAGUUGGUCCUGUUUCCAUAAUGUUGUUGGCCGUGGGCGUGGAUCUUUGAAAUCAUGGGGGUCGAACUGUUGUGAUUGUGCUUGAAAGCUCAAUGGACUCAAACUAUGGACAUGAGCAUCGAUCGACGCACUUUGGAGAUAAUUUCAGCUCCUUGGAUCAGGUCACAACUGCAUUGAGGGAUGCUGGCCUUGAAUCAUCAAAUUUAAUUCUUGGUAUUGAUUUCACAAAGAGCAAUGAGUGGUCAGGCAGACGUUCCUUCGGGAGAAGAAAUCUUCAUGCCAUUGGUAACACGCCUAAUCCAUAUGAGCAAGCCAUUUCUAUAAUUGGCAGAACAUUGUCCCCUUUUGACGAAGAUGAACUCAUACCGUGUUUUGGAUUUGGCGAUGCAUCAACACAUGAUCAAUCCGUCUUCAGCUUUUAUUCUGAUCAUCGUUAUUGUCGUGGUUUUGAGGAAGCGCUUGCACGUUAUAGAGAGAUCGUCCUACACCUAAAGUUGUCAGGGCCCACAUCAUUUGCGCCAAUAAUCGAUGCGGCCAUUGACAUUGUUGCUAGAAGCAACGGGCAAUAUCACGUCCUUGUCAUUAUUGCAGAUGGACAGGUUACUAGAAGUCCUGAUUUACCUCGUGGGAGAUUCAGCCCACAAGAACAGGCAACUGUAAACUCCAUAGUGGCUGCCAGCCAUUACCCUCUCUCCAUUAUUUUAGUUGGUGUGGGAGAUGGACCAUGGGAUGCAAUGAAGCAAUUUGAUGAUGAUAUCCCUCAACGUGCAUUCGAUAACUUUCAGUUUGUCAACUUCACAAAAAUCAUGUCUGAGAACACAGAUACUUCAAAGAAAGAGACCGCUUUUGCUCUUGCUGCUCUCAUGGAAAUUCCCUUUCAGUAUAGAGCCACUCAAAGCAUUUCGCAUGUCAAUAACACAGUGACUGGUCCUCGUACGAGGCCACUUCCACCCCCACCUGAAGUCAGUGGUCGUGACAGCUUGGAUAAGUCAAUCCCAGAAAGUUCUCCAAAAACUCAGGAAGCAGCUCCGGCAGAACCGGUUUGCCCCAUUUGCCUUACAAAUCCAAAGAACAUGGCCUUUGGAUGUGGCCAUCUGACAUGCAAGGACUGCGGCGCAUCAAUCUCAACCUGUCCUUUGUGCCGACAGCCCAUAACAACCCGUUUGAGACUGUUUACUUAAGUUGUCACCUUGAAUAGUUGGCUUCAAAGCUCGCAAGAGCAGUAGUGAAAGUCUGGCCUUGGCAUCGGAGUGUCCAAUCAUCGACUUGUGCCAUUACUUGCAGUAACGGUAGAUUUCAAGUAAUAGCAGAAGCGAAGAUGAGCGGAUGAUUUCAAAUUAAAAAACAGAUAACCCUAGUCGUGAAUGUGAAAAUUGUUUGCUGGGUGAUUGCGUCUCCUACUUAAAUUAUGUGCAAAUUUUAUAAUAUUUUUCCUUUCCUGAUCUCCUGUGUGACCUGCAUUACUAGAUGCUCGUAGUGAGUAGGGGUUGUUCCAGAUAGCGGGCCAUUUUUCCAGACUGCAAUUGAAAGAAAAAAAAUCUUGUAAUUAUACUAAUUGUGUUCUCACGGCAAAAACAACCCAUGAAUUGAGGAUUGAUCUACUCAAACAGUGUUCGAGAGCGAUAAUUGUAAGCA